AUAGAGAGAGAGAGAGGAGCUCUAGGGAUUUCUUCAAUCUUCAUGGUCGUUGUUUUGAGCAGAUUUCGACUACAACUCGCAUCGAUUCCAUCUCGUUCGACUCGUCUGUGAUUCUAUCAGUUGUACGUUCUCCAAAGUGAAGACAAGAGAUUCAAAAUGAAAAGAUGAGUUACGAAGGAGAGUCUUCAAUUUCGAAUGUUCGAUCAACUCGGGAAAACAGUGGAUUACGAUUUCAAUGUGGAUGUGGAGGACAUAUUUCGAGGAAAACAUCGAGAACAGACAAAAAUCCGGAAAGACUAUUAUUUUCUUGUGAUUCGCAAGAGAGGAAUGGUUCCCAUUUUUUUAAAUGGCUCGACGAUGCGUUAAUUGAAGAGUUGAAUGGUAUCUGUGGUGAGUUAUAUGAAGUGAAGAUGGAGAAGAUGGAUGUUAAGAGAGAGAAAAUGAUGGAUGUUAAGAUGGAGAAGAUGAUGGAUGUGAAGAUGGAGAAGAUGAAUGUUAAGUUAGAGAAGAUGAAUGUGGAGAUCGAAAAGUUGAAUCUUAAGAUGGGUAAAUACAAUAAUAUUGAAUAUAUGUUUGGUGCAGUUGUCAUGGUUGUAAUUAUAGUAUUUGCCCGUUAUUAUGGACUAUCCUAUGUUUAGAAAAAGUUGGUAGAACUUGUAAUCGGAUUUUACUAUCGUUGGUAGAAUUUGUAAUCGGAUCUUAUAAUCGUAAUCGGAUUAUAUAUUUAUGUGUUC